AUGGGCUUCUACGUUGAUGAUGGUCUUGGUCCGUCAUCUAGCCCCGAAGAGGCGCGGCGCGUGUUGGCAACUAUAAAUUUCAUGUAUGAUCCUCCUGGCGUGGUGUGCCCGGUGGUGUUGACCGGACGUCUGGUUCAACGUAAACUGCUACCUCGAAUUUCGGACGACAUCACUCACUUCCGCGAGUUGGGCUGGGAUGACGAGCUACCUAGAAGCGUCAAAGCUGAGUGGGAGUCCUGGAAAAUGGAUUUGAAAGAGCCAGAGUCCAUCGAGAUCCCACGAUGUUUCAUCUCGAAAAACUUGGGGGUGCCCAUUUCGUCCCCGCGUUUGGAGUUGAGCGCGGCAGCAGAGGCGGCCUCUUCGUCCGCUAAGAUCGUAGCGGAGCUUGAAUGCAAAGUAUCCACCGUGCACCAUUAUUCGGACUGCAAGGUUGUCUUAGGCUACACUCAGAACGAGACUAGACGGAAUUCCAGGUACGUCACUGGGCGAGCUGAGGUCAUUAGAACGGACACCCCGAGCCGCUCUUUCCAUGUUCUCAACCCUCAACAGAAAGCCGCAACUAUCGAAACUUCGACUCCUCUGUGGCAAAUAUCUAAAGAUCCAAAUGAUCCUGUACCCAUUAGCCCAUAG